CACGUGACACUGGCAUAUUGAUACGUGUCGGCGGGGUGAGCCACGACUCCGCUACGCUCUGCCAGUCGUGCAUACGCGGCCGCGUUCGUGCGCGCUUGAUGAGUGGGUACUUGGCGACGGUGUCGUGUCUCGGGAUCCUGUGAGGGAAGGUCACUCGAUCCGCGCCGUUCAGGACAGCCGUGUCGACGCCGACAAGAUGGGAUUCAAAUUUCUCGAGGUGAUCAAGCCGUUCUGCAGUAUACUGCCGGAAAUAGCGAAGCCGCAACGUAAGAUUCAGUUCAGGGAAAAGGUACUAUGGACGGCGAUCACGUUGUUUAUCUUCUUAGUAUGCUGCCAGAUUCCGUUGUUUGGCAUCAUGUCUUCGGACAGCGCCGAUCCGUUCUAUUGGAUCCGCGUGAUACUCGCGUCGAACAGAGGAACCCUCAUGGAGCUGGGUAUCUCGCCGAUCGUCACCUCGGGUCUUAUCAUGCAACUGCUUCACGGCGCAAAGAUUAUUGAGGUCGGCGAUACGCCGAAGGACAGAGCGUUGUUCAACGGCGCGCAAAAACUUUUCGGCAUGGUUAUUACCGUUGGACAAGCGAUCGUUUAUGUGAUGACCGGAAUGUACGGAGACCCGACCGAAAUUGGAGCUGGCGUCUGUCUCCUGAUUAUCAUCCAGUUGUUCGUCGCCGGACUCAUCGUGUUGCUGCUGGACGAGCUUCUCCAGAAAGGAUACGGACUGGGCAGCGGCAUCUCCCUCUUCAUUGCGACUAAUAUUUGCGAGACCAUUGUUUGGAAGGCGUUCUCGCCAGCCACAGUCAACACUGGCCGCGGUACAGAAUUCGAAGGAGCUGUGAUCGCGCUGUUCCACUUGCUGGCCACCAGACAGGACAAAGUUCGCGGCCUGCGCGAAGCGUUCUACAGACAAAAUCUUCCAAAUCUGAUGAAUCUUCUCGCCACCAUUCUAGUGUUCGCCAUCGUUAUCUACUUCCAGGGCUUCCGUGUGGAUCUUCCGAUCAAGUCCGCCAGAUACCGCGGCCAAUACAGCAGCUAUCCGAUCAAGCUGUUUUACACCAGCAACAUUCCGAUCAUUCUGCAGUCGGCUCUGGUGUCCAAUUUGUACGUCAUCUCUCAAAUGUUAGCCGUCAAGUUCCAAGGAAAUCUUAUAGUGAAUCUGCUGGGCGUUUGGUCGGACGUCGGCGGCGGAGGUCCCGCCAGAUCGUAUCCGGUCGGUGGGUUAUGUUAUUACUUAUCACCACCAGAAUCGGUAGGCCAUAUCCUUCAAGAUCCUGUCCACGCCAUGCUCUACAUUCUCUUCAUGCUUGGCUCGUGCGCUUUCUUCUCCAAGACGUGGAUCGAGGUCUCCGGAAGCUCGGCAAAGGAUGUUGCCAAACAACUGCGAGAACAGCAGAUGGUGAUGCGAGGCCACAGAGAUAAUUCCAUGAUUCGCGAACUAAAUCGAUACAUCCCGACCGCCGCGGCAUUCGGCGGACUGUGUAUCGGGGCUCUCUCCGUACUGGCGGACUUCUUGGGCGCGAUCGGUUCCGGUACCGGUAUCUUGCUUGCUGUUACGAUCAUAUACCAAUACUUCGAGAUCUUUGUGAAGGAGCAAAGUGAAAUGGGUGGCAUGAGCACGUUACUCUUCUAAACUUAAUUCAUCUAUAGACUUAAAAAGUGAACUUUUUUAAUUCUGAAGAACUGAGUAAUAAUUUAUUGUAAAGUAAGAGAGUCGAAUUGGCAGCUGUGUGUUUAUGUCGAAGCUCAUGGGAUGAUAGACAUACACCGGCGCCAGACGAAAGUUCCCCGUUGUUAUACAUGAAGUCGUACAUAUUUAACUUAUCAUUGGUAUAUUGUUGAUUCUCUGCUCAAAAGAUUAUACUGUCGAGAGGACAUUUCUUUAAAAAAAAAAAGGUAUGUGCUUCUUUUACGCAAAAUAAUAUAUUAACGCGUGACCAUUGACACACAAUAUACUUUCAAAUCAUUCUGAAAAUAUUACUAUUUUACAUUUACAUUUGUGAGAUCUUUGUUCGUGCAUUAUUGAGAACAGAAGGGCGUAUCCUUUAUUUUUACAUUAAACGUUAUUGAAUCUACGCUGUGUCAAAUGGUACACGAAGCACUAACUGAUAGGGGCAAGAUACAUUGACGGAGCGUAGAGAGAGUAUAAGAACACGAACAUAACAUUUAAUGCUCGCGAGUGCAAGCACGGAGGAUGUAGCCACCGUGCGUACACCGCCGUGCUUGCAUGCAAGAUGUAAUAUCUUUCGUACAACGAGCAGCGUGUACAUAGUAAGAAAGUGAUUAAAUAUUUUCAACAUUUUUUACUAGCGUUUCAGGCUCUGUGAUUUGACGCGGACAGAGCCGUGUGGAAGACUCAAUGGCGUAAAAUCGCGACAUUUAUAUAUGUAUGAAUUGAACCGAUUUUGCAUACGAUUAUAUGAGAUAAUCAUUUCAGUUAGGACGAGACACCCACCUAGGGUAUUCGUACAGCAAUUUCGAACAGCGUUUGUUCAUCUUAGGUAACAUCCAUUCCUAUAUAUUGAUAAUAAAUGCGAAAUAAAUUAAUUUGUUUCUUACAUAUGUAUUUAGGAGAGAGAAUGUGCUUUUAUAAAUAUUAAAACAUAUGUAUAUUUUUCUUUUCGUCUUCCUUGUUUCAUUCCUCGACGGCUUCAUUACGUUUUAUUGCGCGCAUAUAAUCUGCGCUGCGCGUAAUCGCAUCACGACUGAGCGAUAAUUUCCGAGAGUUGUAGAACAAAUUUCUAUCCAUAUUCUUAAUUGAGAAUUAUGACGUUCGAUUAUAUCACAGAAAGGAGGAUCCAUGUAUUAUGUAAUAUGUUACAUACUUAAAGCAGAAUGUAUACAAGAAACCAGUAAAGAUUACUUCCUAUUUUAUACAGUGUAUGUGAUUGUCAUUUUCUACUUUAUAUUCAGGGUUGUUAUAAGAUAUACAUAUAUAUAGAUAUAUAUAUGAAUUAUAACUAUUGUUAUAUAGGAUAUCGAUGUAACAAGGAGAAAACACUAAAUGUCCAAAUGUACUUACUGUUAAUGGUGUUUAAUACAUGAAACCUGUGGGAAUAUUUAA